AUGGCACCAUCAGCGACAACCACAGCCACAACAGCAACCCAAAAUGGGACAACCACUCUUAAGGCCGAGAAGGACCCGCUAAUGGAGUUCAAAUACGGUGGCUACAAGCAAGUCGGCCCCAACUCGAAGGACAUCUACCAGAUCCGGAUCCCUGAGUUUCGCAGCCUGGAAGACGAGAGAGCCUUCCGUAAACUACACCAAGCUGCUGCCCUCCGCUGGCUCGGUGCUCAGGGCUACAACAACGAAGGCGCGGGCGGCCACGUCACGGUGCGAGACCCCAUUUUGACUGACCACUUCUGGAUCAACCCGCACGGCAAAUCCUUCAGCCACAUGCGUCCUGAAGACCUCGUCCUCGUCAGUAAAGACGGUGAGGUCAAGGAGGGCGGCAACAUGCACUCAAUCAAUCCCGCCGGGUUCGUCAUCCACUCAGCCGUGCAUGAGGCCCGUCCCGAUGUCGUAGCUGCCGUUCACUGCCACUCGGUCGCGAGUAAGGCCUUUUCGUCGCUGGGCUGUGAGUUGGAAAUGAUCAACCAAGACGCCUGCCGAUUCUACCAGGAUCACGGCGUCUACGCGGGCUUCGGCGGUAUCGCCUGGGACCCAGACGAGGGCGAGCACAUUGCCGCUGCGUUGGGAGAUACCAAAGGCGUCAUUCUACAGAACCACGGCCACUUGACGGUCGCAAAGACUGUUGACGGUGCGGCGUUCUUGUUUGGCGCCAUGGACCGAUGUAUCCAGGCGCAGCUCCUCGCUGAUGCCGCCGCUGCCGGCAGGAAGACCUCGACGAUUAAGAUCGGACAUGAGGAGGCAUUGUUCUCUCGGAAUCUGUACAACGAUGAGAUGGUGUACAUCAUGUUCCAGUCGGCGUUUGAGGACGUUGUCCGUGCUUCAAAUGGUGAAUUGCCAAUGUAUGUGCAGGGAGAGAUCCGACGAGUAUAG